AGUGGCCUUUUGAUUGUAUGGCAGUGAAUAGAGUUCAUAAUUAGCGUGGGGAAAGUAUUACCACCUCCAAUUCUCAACUCUGGUUCGUGUCUUGGCGAAGAUUUUGACCGCUGGUGCUGGAUAAGGUGGUCCAAGCUGUUGCUAGUCUAUCGAUCUUAUUUUACACAAGGUAUUAUUUCCCUUGUAACUUUUAAACUCGAAAUACGGAGCCAUGGACAGACCCAGCCUCGAGAGACUGUUUUCAGCGUGUGACAUUAACAGGUCUGGUGUGAUUGAAUAUGAAGACUUUACGGUUGUUUGUCGAGAACUCAAUGUGCCUGACGACGAAAUCAAAACGUUAUUCAACAAAUUCGGUGCUAGUGCAGAUGGAUGUACCAAUUACAGCAAGUUCUCCUCUCGGUUUCAAGAGGUUUCAGCAACGUUGGAUUUCGCAUCUUUUGGGGCUUCUCCUCAAAGUCAAGGGAGUCCUUGGGAGGAGUUCCAGAGCAGGCUUGACGAUGCAACAGGUCUCCUCUCGGGAAGACUGUGUGAUCAAUUGGUUGAGUUGUACCGAGCCAUUUACUCCACCUCAGAACCUCUCUUGUUGCAACAAUAUGAGGGACUUGUUGAUGCUCUUGUCAGUGAGAGCAAGGAACGCAGACUUGAAAGUGAGCAGGUGGAAACCAGUUUCAGAAGAACAGAGGAGCUCAACACCAGUCAGUUGGCAGAGCUGGAGGAGGACAUGCAGCAGCAGCUUUCCCGUGUAGUGGACAGGGUGAGAGAAGAGGAGCGUAAGAAAAUGGAGGGAGUCAUGGAUACACUCCAGAGAAGGCAUGAUAAUGAAGUGGCAGAUCUACAUACUGCUGUGGACAGGUUGUUGAAGUGCCAAGAUGAAUCUGAACUCAACAAUUCCAGGCAGGAUGUUGACAAACUACACCACAAAAUAUGUGAACUGACUCUGGAAAAUGAGCAGUUACGGGCUUCGCUCGUCAAAGCUCAGACAAACAUCUCCAUUCUGCAGGUAGAGAUGGACAAGCUGAAGAACAUUUAUGCAGACCAGAAACUUCAACAUGAGAGAGAAAGUGAUGACCUGAAAAAGAUGGUUAUAGAAUACCAGUCCUACUCCAGUCACAUUGAAAUACUCCAGGUCAUGAACAAAAAGCUGUAUGACAGCAAUGAUGACUUGCACUCUGCAUUAAUCAACGAUGUGGCAUCAAGUAAGAGGCUAUCCCCCGACAAUGAAAUCGCAGCUCGAAGAAUGAAGCCAGUUCGACAAAGCACACUUAUAAAUUCAGGGGGAGAGAACACAGCUGUGGACUCCAGUAAAAGGACAUACUCCCAUGUAGCCAGCUGGGCUGAUAGAUACCUGGACAGUGGUGUGUCCCUGCCUAUGGAUGCUGAAAGCUUAGGCAGCGAGUCUGACAGUGACGUCUCAACAGAAACCGUACACCAGAGUUAUUCAUAUGUGCCCUCAGACAUUGAGAUAUCAGACGUGAAAUCAGAAGUAAGUCGGGCAACACUGUCUGUAUCUCCCAGAAAAGCUCUCGUUAUUGCUUCGUCCAUCCGGAGACGCUUGUCUGCUUUCCCCAUAAAGCCAACCGAAGCAGACAUUGUUGACACUGGUGGCCCUGCUCCCAUGUACCGGUUAGUUUUGGCGGGAGAUGCAGGAUCAGGGAAGUCGAGCUUUCUAUUGAGGUUGAGUCUCAAUGAGUUCAGGGGAGACAUUCAGACGACUUUGGGAGUUGAUUUCCAAAUCAAGAAGAUGUUGGUGGAUGGAGAAAAAACUAACCUCCAGAUAUGGGAUACUGCAGGACAAGAGAGGUUCCGCAGUAUUGCCAGGUCUUACUUCCGUAAAGCCCAUGGAGUCCUACUGCUGUAUGAUGUCACUUCUGAGAGCAGCUUCCUUAAUGUCAGAGAGUGGAUGGGAGAGAUUCAGGAAUCUAGGGAUGAGCAACUCCCAAUGUGUGUGAUUGGGAACAAAGUGGACCUGCGGGAAGAUCGACCGGAGGGAAGCUGUGUCAGCACUGUCGACGGGGAAAGGCUGGCUAGAACAUACAAUGCCCUGUUCUGUGAAACUAGUGCCAAAGCUGGAACUAAUGUAGUGGAGGCAGUACUUCACCUGGCAAGAGAAGUUAAGAAAAAUGUGCAACUGAGACGGCAAUCAGAAUCACAGGUGAAGUUGAGUUUAAGUGGUCCAAAGAAAGCUAACUGCUGCAGAGUAUAACCAUGGAGAUUCAUCACCAGAGGGAAAUGCAUCUGACUGGAGUCUAGGGGCUCUAUUUUAGCACCACAGUGUAGCUAAAUAUGUAUAACAGAGGUGACUGUAAAGUUAGCUAAAUGUAUGUCUAAUUCGUAUUUGAAUCUACAUAGUCCGAUCUUUAGCAAUAGUCAACUCCUGAAUUAGUUCUGGACUCACCUGAACGUAUUAUAAAGGGGACUGUUGUACAUCUCUCAGGAAUUGACAUUGAAAAGCAGUUAAGUUUUAGCUCAGUCUAAAGAAUGCUGUGGUUAGAAACAUGCAGAAAUCAAUCAUGAUUUUACAUUGGUGUUUUAUUUCAUGUUUGCUAAUUGUAUUGAUUAAAGUUUCUGUACAGGUGUGAAUUAUAAUUUGUUACAAUAAAUCAUUUAAUUUAUUUCAUCA